CCAGAAACGUCGAAGCGGUGUAUUUUUUGCACGGACGCAUGAGGCCGCCAACGAUCCGCGCCCUGUACAAGGUCAUUCUCCGUGAUGUGCGCAAGAUGAGCGCGAUCCCGGGCUUCCGCGUGCGCGAGCCGCUGAGCAUGCUCCAGUGGGGCACCGGUGGCAUGCUGCCGCCACCCGAAGACGGCGUCGUCGCGUCGCCCUACGCGUCGCCCGAGGACAAGGAGACGUGGGUCCGCCUGCAAGCGCUCCUCGAGCCGCACCGUGGCGCCGACCUGCGCGAAGUCGUCCGCGCCACGUUUCGCGCCAACGCGACGCUCACCGACCCCAAGACCAUUGCACAGAAGAUCGACGAGAUGAUGUGGGUCAUUCCCGAGAUCUCGCGCCAGCGCCUUCUCGCCGAGUCGUCGAGCGUGACUUGCACGGACGACGUCGAGAUUGAAGCCACGAGCCAGUUCCUUCCGACACAGUCGGAGCCCAACCGGUUUCGCUACACGUACCGCAUUCGCAUCCGCAAUCUCGGUAGCGAAGACAUUGUGCGCGUGAACGGCCGGCACUGGGUCUUCAACCACAACUCGGUCAAGCGCGACGUACUGCCACGCAACUCGCCCGGCGUUGUGGGGCACAUCCCCGUGAUCGCGCCGGGUCAUACGUUCGAGUACGCGAGCGGCGUCGAUCUCGAGACGACGACCGGGUCAGCGUCCGGUUGCUUGCACAUGACGCGCUUCAUGGCGACCGAAGGCGGCGGCGAAGUCGAAUUCGAUGCGGAAAUUGCGUCCUUUCUCCUCCAGCCGACCGUGUCGGACUAAAAAAACACCACUAGACAUCGUUUGAUCGCAUGAUCUUGAACUCUGGUGCAGCCACGCAGCGAGUCGCGCAUGAACCCGAACGUAGGACGUCCGCACAGCUGCUUUGCAUUGCGCUCGCAACGGCCGCCGCAUGCUUCAUGGCGGCUCGCAUGCAUGCAUUAUGGUGCUUGCAGCCCUAGCUCGAGCCAUCAUCAAGUGCAUCACUUGCUCUCAUCCACGACUGGAGCUGCCAUCGCGACCCCCCAAAAGCAACUGUAGCAAAGCUACAUGCGCGUGAUCUUCUCGACGAUGAGCUUCAUGUACGUAUUUUCUUGGU